CCCGUCCCCCUCCCUCCCUCCUCCCGCCCCGGCGCGAGACGGCUCCUCGUGGAUGCGAUGCGGUGCGACUCCGUCUCGUCUGGUCCGUCCCGCGCGUCUUGGGCUAGGGUUCCGGGCGCGAUCCGCACUUGAUGAUUCUUGCCAUAGGAUUUACUGCUAGUAGUAAUGAAUGAAUUGAUGAAUGAGUCUUGCUGACUGUGAAGCGCUUGCUCGCUCCUGUUGCUUUCAGUGACGACUGAUGACUAUCUGCUCUAGGAUUUACUACUCCUAGUACUGACCGACUGGUUGAAUGAAUGAACGAGUCUUGCUUGGUGUGAACUGGAACUAGCAGCUCCGAGGAGGGGGGCUGCCAUGGGCCAUGGCCAUGUUGCUGUUGCUGCUAGUGCCAAACCGAAUCUGGUUCUUGCGAGGGUCUCCCAGCCGAUUUUUUAACCAGAAAAGAUGGAGGCCGCCUUUGCUUUUCGCACUUUGGUGGCCCUAGGAAUUGUAUCCCCUCCCUAAAACCCUCUCCAAAGGCUUUUUUGUGCUCUGCUCUUGGUGCUCAGUGGCCUGAAAGCAGAUGACACUUUCUCUGCCCCUGCCUAAAUAUAUAUAUGCUCUUGCUAACCACAGUGCAAUGUACCACUGCCUUUUGGGGUGGAAUUUAUUCAGUCAUGUAAAACCUUUUGGGCAUCAUUAUUGCAAUUUGUACCGUUUUGCAAUUAUUCGAAGCAUGUACAUGGGAUUUUGUUGGUCAUCCGAUCAUUUCGUCAAGUGUUGUUCUCUGUGGAGUUGUGCCUCCGGUGCGCUCUUCGGGCUGCUCGGAGCCAUGCUGUCAGAGCUCUUCAUCAACUGGGCCAUCUACACCAACAAGGUGGGUGCAUCUCCUGCCACUGCCCUCUCUUUAAGGACACAGCCACUCCAAGCGGAGGGGUUAGCUCAAGCGAUAGCUAACAUGGAAAGUGCUAUGGAACAAGAGGUACCAGAAGGUGAAGAACCAAAGAGUGGUGUUGCUGUUGUUGCUGACCUUUUCUCACUAAAGAAUGGCCCUCCAGCAGAUUCCCUCACUGGCUGUGUUGUUUUGAUUGGUGCCAUCUUAUGUUACUGGUUACUAGUGCACAAUAUGGACAUGUGCCAUCUUAUGAACAUGGGGUAAUAAUACUAAGCUACUGGUUGUGUUAUAUUGGUUGGUGCAUCUUAUGAACCUAUGGCGUAAUGAUACUGCUGGGCCUAACUUAUUGAAAUCCUGGAGAAUUAUAUUAUUAUUAUCAUCAUUAUAUUCUCA